CAUUUCAAAAUGGCUAUUGUGUGUGUAAGUAAAAACCGUCGUUAAACGAGAACGAAACGUUUUGUGCAAAUUAAUAUUGUAAAUAAUACAAAUCAAAAUUAAAUGUAGCAAAUUAGUAAUUUGUGCAAUCAAAAGUGUUUUAGCUUUUGCUCAAGGUCAACUAGUUUUGAAAAGGUUAAACACGCAUCAAUUUGCGAAUUGGAGGACUAUUUAACGCAUGUAAUAGCAGCAAGUUAGUUGCUGAGGGUGUGUAUGUCCGUCCGUGGAACUUAGCUGGCGCAGCAGCAGAUCGCUGCUUGUGACAGCUGCUGCCAGCGUGUGUCGUCAGUCGUCGCUGCUCACGUUUGUUAAUUUUGAUAUUCGCUGCCAUGCAAUUAGAAUAUCGGACGCUGAAUUUGAAUAAGUCAACUGUGAGAAAACUCAAGUUUAGUUGUAAAUUGUUGUUGCAUGCAGGUGGAAUUUUUUACCAAAUAUUAUUCAGUUAAAUUCGAUAUAUUUUAAUGGAACCGUUUGGAAACUUAAAUUCGAAUACAAAUAAUAAUUUCACAAAGCCGAAUAAUAUACAAACUGGUCAAACACAGCGAGGACGUUGUGAACACGACGCAAUACAUCCAAGACUACUAAAAAAGCAUCAAAACAGAGAAGUUGAGUGUUUGAGCUGUGGAAAAGUAUUUGAUUCGACUUCUUUGCACGAAAUUUUUAAACAUUACGCAAACGUUAGGCAUACAAAUUGCUUUGGAAAGUGCCACUAUUGUGGUGGUGGAGUACAUCAAUAUAAAUAUUUUAAGGAUAUUCACACAUAUCAUAGUUGUGCCCGUUCGAUUGAAGGUAUAGACAAGUAAUAAUAAUAAUAGUAAAAUGGAACAAAAUAUGGAUAUGGACAAUGUUGAUGCGUACUUUAUCGCCGAACGUUUGGAAAGUGGAAGUGGUGACUCAGGCGAAUCGGAAUGCUCGGAUAAUGGUGGUGGCAACGAUGAUGACUCUAGUAGUUUAAGUUCGCGAACCACGGGUGGUAAUGGUUACGGCAAACGUUGGUCUCGAGCUGAGGAUAAUCUUUUGAAAGGACUUGUGGGACAAUAUGGUGAUCAAUGGGAGUUGAUUGCGCCACAAUUUAAGGAUCGUACCGAACAACAAGUACAACAGCGAUGGGCUAAAGUAUUAAAUCCUGAAUUGAUUAAAGGUCCUUGGACAAAAGAAGAGGACGAAAAAGUUGUUGAACUAGUACGACGAUUUGGUCCAAAAAAGUGGACACUAAUUUCUCGUUACUUAAAUGGUCGUAUUGGUAAACAAUGUCGUGAACGUUGGCAUAACCAUCUCAAUCCAAAUAUUAAGAAAACUGCAUGGACGGAGGAAGAGGAUCGCAUCAUUUUCAAUGCACAUACGGAAUGGGGAAAUCAAUGGGCGAAAAUAGCUAAGCUACUACCUGGACGUACGGAUAAUGCCAUAAAGAACCACUGGAACUCCACAAUGCGGCGUAAGUACGAUCCGCAUCGUUUGAGAGUGUUAGCACGCCAGUAUCCUGAUUUGCAAGAUUCUCGCUCAAAUCUAAAGGCGCUGAUAAAGGCGAGCAUCAGUACACCUACUCAAACGCAGGCGCCAACGCCAGCACCUGCUCCACCGCUUUCAUUAUCAGCGCAAAUAUUACAGCGCCCACAAAUGCGACAGCAAAACGAUCAAAAUCACGAGCAACCGAGUACAUCUGCGGUGGCAGCAAUGCACAUGUCACAGACACAGCCACAGACUGCUAAGCCACCACCGACACGCGCGCCACCAAACAUAUUGAAACGUGCGAGACCACAAUUAGAACAACAGCAACAACAAACAUUAGAGUUGGGAGCAGGCCAAACAAAUACAAUAACAACAGUUGUCUUCGACAAUAUGGGUGUAAUAUCCAGUCAGUGGGUAAAAUCGGAAACAAAAUUACCUGAGUCACCAGUUAUGACACCCAUAAAACCGCUACCAUUUUCACCUUCACAAUUUCUCAAUUCGCCAUGUCUGCCAUCAUUUGAGGACAUAAGUUUACGUGCAAGUACGCCGGUACACAAGGGAAGUGGGCGAGCCGGUGUAGAAAUCAAAAAAGAAUUGGAAAGUUCAUCAAUCGAAACGCCGCAUAAAAGUAUUUUAGGUCCACGCACACCAACACCAUUCAAGGAUGCACUAGCAGCGCUAGGCAAGAAGCGACGUUACAUUCCACCAAGUCCUUCCUCGUUAGUCGAGGACCUGGCCGAAAUCAUACACGAAGAACAAGUGAAUGACUCAAAUAAUAUGUGUAUUAAAAAGGAGAAUAUCUCAUCGGACGCGGAUUUGACUAACGAUGGUUCUAGAAGUACUGUUGGUGGUUCCUCAGUAACACAACCGACCAAGAAGGCACGCAAAUCAUUGAUCACCAGUUGGGGGGAGAAUGUUAUGCCCAGUAUGAAGCACGAGAAGAAACCAUUGCCUUUCGAAACUGAAACGCCGAGUAAAUUUCUUACUUCGAGCGAAUCAAUUGCCUUCUCACCGACAACAAUCAUUAUGAAAGAUACAUUAUGCAGUGAAGCGGAUCUACUACUUGAAACCAAUGAAGAAGCCAAAAAAGAGAAUAGUCCACAACAACAGCGACAACAACGACACCAACAACAACAUUGUCAAAAUGCAUUGGCAGCAUUAGCGCCACGCGAACGCAAUGGACAACAAUAUUUGGAUCCUAAAUGGGAGAAAUUGGCAUGCGGCCAAACCAAGGAUCAACAGUUCAUGGUGCAACAGGCGCAUGCAUGCUUAAAAAAUCUCUCGCUAAUGCCGCGCUCGCUGAAUUUUGAAAAGCAAAAAUGACGUGAGCACAAAGAACAAACUCUACGAGGCAAUUUUCUAAACAUAAUUGUUGAUUAACUAGGCUAACACUUAAGGAAAUACCGUAGUUGCAUGCAUAUAUGAGUACAUACAUAUAUAGGAGAUUUGCGUAUUUUUUUUUUUUUGAAUUAUUGUUUCUAUGCUACGAUCGUUAUCGUGUUAAUUAUAUAUUUUGUUUUUUUUUUUACAAUAUAUCUACAUACAGAAAAUACAUGCAUAUAAGGUUUGCGGUUGCUGACACGAUAUACAUAUACAUACAUACAUAUAUUUUUAUUUAUUACGAGCGUAUAUAUACAUAUAAAUAUAUAUACAUAUUAUUGUAAAAAAACGGCAUUUGCAGUCGCAACUAGUAAUUAAGUCCAAAGAAUUUUGAAAAAUUUAUCAAUAGUACACGAUGCAUGUUUUAUAAUUGUUGUAUGCAUGUAUUUUACAUAUAUACAUAUAUGCAACAGUGUAUAUACAUAUGUGUAAGUUAUAUAUACAAAUUGGCUAAUAGCAAACUAACAAACAAACAAACCGUUAUUUAAGUUUGUAAAUGAUGAAAUCUUUUUUUUUUAUUUUAUAUAUAAAAAAUUAAAAAAAAAUAAUAAAAUUAAUUGUAAAAACCCGGUGCACUGCUAUCAUGUAAUUCAAGAAAUUAAAUUAUUAACAAUACAUAAACGAAUAUUGUACCUACUCAAGAAAUGAGAACACCAAGCGUAAUAUCUAAAAACUUUUUUAUCAAAUAAAUACAACAGUUAAGCAGUUAAAAAUCGCGUUUAUAAUAUUUUUUUUUUGUUUUUAUGUGGAAAUGUGGAAUUCUUAUGAAAUGCACGGAUAAACAAAUAUACAUUUUUGGUAGCAACAGCAGUGAUAUGUGUGUCUACGUGUGUACUAUACACACAUACAUAUACCAAAAAAAAAAUUUCACCACAAACUUUUGUGUAUCCGCGUAGCGGCUGGCAUAUUUUAUUUAAAACACAUAAAUACAUACAUACCAAUUUAAUAUUCCCUGCAAUUAAUGGCAUAUGUAUUAAAAUUUAAUUCAUUUUUUUAUCAAACGUUGUUUUAGUAGUUGUGCACUUCCGGCCCAAAGCCAAAGUCCAAUACAAAAUCCACAAUGGGAAAUAAACAGCAGCAAUUGCGGUAUACAGCCAAUUGCCAUAAAUCUGCAUAAAA